GAAUUACAUGUGGGGAUCCAGGAGAUAUUGAACUAGCCUCCAAGACGGGCGAUGGCUUCCUUUUCGGUGACGCGAUAACCUACGUCUGCCAGUACGGCUACGGGGUGGUCCGCGGUGACGGCAUCCGUGUGUGCCAAAAGACCAAGACAUGGACAGGAGAACCUCCUCAAUGUGAAAAGAUAGACUGUGGCCAUCCUGGUAAAGGAAUUCUUGCCACUCCGCAUAGCGCAGACGUUAACUACAAAUUCAAGGAUACAGUACGAUACACGUGUGAUAAGGGGACUGAAUACGUAGAUGGUACAUAUGCAAGGACAUGCAAAGCAGACAGAACUUGGAGUGGAAGCAUUCUAGAGUGCAAACGUGUAUGGUGUGGAGACCCUGGAAAUCCCGACCCUGACAAUAUCAUCCAGAUAUCUAGCAUCGAUCCAGAUGUAAAGUUCCGGUUUGAUGACGAGGUGAUAUAUGUAUGUAACGAAGGCUACGAACUCACAACCUUAUUGUCAAAACACGUUCGACGAUGUCUGGAAGAAAAGAUAUGGGAUAACACUGCUCCAAACUGUAAACGCGUUGAUUGUGGAGAGCCUGACUAUGUAGGGAAUGCCAUGCGCCUGGGAACUGAUACCAAAUAUGGAGAUACGGUUACAUACACGUGUGAUUUCGGGCAUGAAGUCAUCGAAGGGGACCUGAGCAGAACUUGCCAAGGAAACAAAAAAUGGACCGGUGACACUCCUAUAUGUGAAAGGGUGAGUUGUGAAAGUAUACCGAAUGUGACGGACUCCAAGUGGAUUGGGCAAGGGCAUUACUUUGGAGAUAUUGUUAGGUACCGAUGCGACCCUGGCUUUGGCCAUAUGCAAGGGAUAGGAGGAUUGACCAUAGAGUGCAAGGAAGACAAGGAGUGGCACCCAAGUCCUCCUAUUUGUGAACGAUUGGACUGUGGGCCCCCAAUGCAGGUUGAUAACGCCACAUAUAAUGUCACUAGCACUCUGUUUGAGGGAAGGUUAAACUAUAUGUGUAUAAACGACACAUACCGUACAGCAGGAGUGAUGGAACUUUAUUGCGGCGUCAACGCCACGGAUAACGGCAUAUUUGGCGUAUAUUGGAAUGCUACGUUCCCAACAUGCACUCCCUAUCCCUACUUCCCUCCACUUGGCAUAGCGGUGAAAGAUACAACACCCAGUGAGGUUAGUGAUGGGAGGGAAUACGCCAUUGGGUUCCUAUCUGUGCUUGCAGUGAUCGCAGCGGGCUUUGUGACUCUGGAUAUGAUCACCUUCAAAAAGGACAUCGCCCAGGCUAAGCUUGACAUUGAAGAUUUCAAACAAAGGAUCCGUGAAUGGCGUGACAAGCGUAAGAAAGAGAAAUACGAAGGGUUGGAUGACGGCUUCAUGUAAGCAACCACUAUGUUCGGUGUAAACAAUCUCCGUUGAAUAUGUGUACAGCGUUAUUGUAGAUGUUGAAAUUGUCAUAUUAGGGAGAACGUUAAGAGAAUUACUUGCACGUGAACGUGAGAGGAAUGGUUGUAAUAAG